AGAGAGGCGGGUACCGGCUGCACUCGCGGGACCCGUGGCGGUUCAGGCAACAGAGCUGACCAAGCAGGCGUUGACUGCGGACAUGACGCCGGAGGACCCGGAGGAGACGCAGCCGCUCCUGGGGCCGCCCGGCGGCAGCGCUCCCCUCAGCCGCCGGGUCUUCCUCGCCGCCUUCGCCGCCGCCCUGGGCCCGCUCAGCUUCGGCUUCGCGCUCGGCUACAGCUCCCCGGCCAUCCCGAGCCUGCGCCGCGCCGCGUCCCCAGCCCUGCGCCUCGAUGACGCCGCCGCCUCCUGGUUCGGGGCCAUCGUGACCCUGGGAGCCGCGGCGGGGGGCGUGCUGGGAGGCUGGCUCGUGGACCGCGCCGGGCGCAAGCUGAGCCUGCUGCUCUGCACCGCGCCCUUCGUGGUCGGCUUUGCCGUCAUCACCGCAGCCCAGAACGUGUGGAUGCUGCUCGGAGGCCGCCUCCUAACCGGCCUGGCCUGCGGUAUUGCCUCGCUCGUAGCCCCGGUGUAUAUCUCUGAAAUCUCCUACCCCACAGUGAGGGGGCUACUGGGCUCCUGUGUCCAACUGAUGGUCGUCACAGGCAUCCUCCUGGCCUACCUGGCAGGCUGGGUCCUAGAGUGGCGCUGGCUGGCUGUUCUGGGCUGCGCACCCGCGUCCUUCAUGCUGCUGCUCAUGUGCUACAUGCCCGAAACCCCCCGCUUCCUGCUGACCCGGCAGAGGCACCAGGAAGCCAUGGCCGCCAUGCACUUCCUGUGGGGCUCUGAGCAGGUCCAGGAGGAGGCCCCUGCUGGGGCUGAGCACCAGGGCUUCCGUCUGGCCCAGCUGAGGCAUCCUGGCAUCUACAAGCCCUUCAUCAUUGGCGUUUCGCUGAUGGCCUUCCAGCAGCUGUCAGGGAUCAAUGCUGUCAUGUUCUAUGCAGAGACCAUCUUCGAGAAGGCCAAGUUCAAGGACAGCAGCCUGGCCUCGGUCAUCGUGGGCAUCAUCCAGGUGCUGUUCACGGCCUUGGCGGCCCUCAUCAUGGACAGAGCUGGGCGGAGACUGCUCCUGACCUUGUCAGGUGUGGUCAUGGUGUUCAGCACCAGCGCCUUCGGUGCCUACUUCAGACUGACGCAGGGCGGCCCCGGCAACUCCUCACACGUGGAGCUUCUCUCGCCUCUCUCCAUGGAGCCCGCCAGCGCCAGCGUGGGGCUGGCCUGGCUGGCGGUGGGCAGCGUGUGCCUCUUCAUUGCCGGCUUCGCUGUGGGCUGGGGGCCCAUCCCCUGGCUCCUCAUGUCGGAGAUCUUUCCUCUGCACGUCAAAGGCGUGGCCACUGGUGUGUGCGUCCUCACUAACUGGUUCAUGGCCUUCCUGGUGACGAAAGAGUUCAGCAGUGUGAUGGAGGUACUCAGGCCCUAUGGUGCCUUCUGGCUUGCCUCCGCCUUCUGCAUCCUCAGUGUCCUUUUCACUUUGUCCUGUGUCCCGGAAACCAAAGGAAAGACUUUGGAGGAAAUCACAGCCCAUUUUGAGGGGCGAUGACAACCCCUUCUUGUGAGUGGCUGCCUCUCCUCUCAGGCCCAGCUUUGGGCUUCAGCGGGGGUUGGAGCCUGCCUGCGACUCCAAGCUGGGCCUCAGCCAGAGCCUGGAGCCCCUGUCUGUCCCCAGGGAGCUGGAAUCCAGGACUGCAGUCCCUUGGAGCCUUGUCCUCCAGGGCGCUUCCUUCCUACCCAGCUCUCCACAGCCCAGCAGACCAUGGGCAUGAGGUUUCCCGGCCCCCGGGUCCAAUUCCCGCCACCCCUCUGCGUCUCCAGGGAAGGGGGCAUCUUGGAAGGGCCUCGUUGCCCUGCAGUCCAUUGUCCACAGACCGCAUCCAUCUUGUCACGAAAGCAACAGCAGAGGAGGGGGCACUCUUGACUCCUCAUUUUCUGGAGGAUAUGCUUCUGAGGGGCGGUCCCUGACUUCUCCCCUCAUGUGGCUUCAUUGUCAGGAAGGAGCUUUGUUUGCCAAAUAAAGAUUUGACUCAGAAAAUCA